AUGGCUACCUCUGUCUUCUUCCUCUCCUUGUUCUUUCUCUCCCAUGCAUCUGCUCAAUUUUCCAGUGACCCACAAUUGCUAUUUCAGAUAAAGGAAAUUUUGGAAGGAAAAACUGGUGGUGGACAGAACCUUCUGCUGUCCACAUGGAAUCUCUCUUUUCCUUUCUGCGAAUGGAGAGGAAUCCAAUGGCUGAAUCAGAAUGGAACCAUUCUUGAUUGCCAGUCAUCUUCAUUGAAGCUUCCCUCUUCUGAUCCUGUUUACGUUUACAGUAUCCAACUUUCAGCAUCUGGAUUGACAGGCAGGCUUCCAAAGGAAUUGGGUAGCUUGAAUUUCCUCGAAAAGCUUUACCUAAAUGCAAAUUCUCUUACUGGGGGAGUACCUCUUGAACUAGGGAACAGUCUCAACCUCAGGUUUCUGUCACUCGGCCAAAACAGUCUUAGUGGUGGCCUCCCAUCCUCAAUGUGGAAUCUCUGUGAUAAUCUCGUUGAGCUAGACAUCAGUGAGAACACCUUCUCUGGUUUCAUUCCGUCCCCUGCUCUACCCAACACCACAUGCUCGAAGCUACAAAGACUGGACUUGGGCUCCAACCAUCUCCAGGGCCCCGUUCCUGCGUUCAUUUCCAGUCUCACCGGACUCCAUUAUCUUGACCUUCACAACAAUUCAUUUUCCGGGCCUAUACCCAACGACCUUGCUUUACUGAACCUGACAUUUCUAGAUCUGUCUUUCAAUAACUUCAGCGGGCCGAUCCCAAAUUUUACACUGGACUUCAGUGUCGAUGGAAACCCGUUUCUUUGUGGACAGGCUUAUUGCAAAGAAACGGGUGCUCGGGGGAAGAAACUGGGGAUGAGAACUGGAAUUUUGGCGGCAAUGGUCAUAAGCUUGGUAGCAUUUCUGGUUUUUGGAGCUUCCCUUUCCUUCUGUCUCCACAGUUCAGGGAAGAAGAAGAAGAAGAGGGAGUUGCAGGACGAGCAAAAUGAGGAGAGUAGGCUAAUCUUGUUCCAUGGUGGAGCGAACUUAACGGUGGAUGAUCUUUUGAAUGCCAAUGGUGUGGUCAUAGGCAAAACAGGGUACGGGACCCUGUACAAGGCUACUGUUGCAGGUGAUGGAGGGACUCUGAUCCUCAGGCUACUUCAAGAGAACACGGUAAGAAAGCCUCAUUCGACCUUCUUUUCUGCAAUUAGGCUCCUGGGCAAUCUUCAUCACGAGAAUCUAGUGCCGAUUAAAGGUUGUUACCAAGGAGAAAGAGGGGAAAAACUUUUGGUUUACGGCUAUGUGGAAGGUAAGAAUCUCGCCGAGAUGCUUCAUUGUUCUAGCAUGCAAAACCAAUUGAGGUGGGCUAGAAGGUAUGAGAUUGCGUUAGGAAUAGCUCAUGGCCUAGCUUUCCUUCAUUCUGAUUUUGGUGAGAACAUUAUCAAUGUCUUUCAUGGAAAUCUCAAAUCCAAGAAUGUGAUGAUCGAUGAAUUUUAUGUUCCAAAAUUAAUGGACUAUGGUAUGUCUGAGUUGAUGAACCCCUCAUCCCUGACCAUAAUGCUGAGUACAGCGGCAGAAGAUGGCUACUGUGCACCUGAAGCAUCUAAGCUGAAGAAGAUCAUUAAUGGCAGAAAGUAUGAUGUUUAUAGCUUCGGAAUCCUUCUACUUGAGAUGAUGAUGGGCAGGCCAGCAGGAAGAUGUGUUUCAGAUCGUGAUGAGUUUGUGGACCUGCCGACCAUGGUGAAGAGGGCAGUCUUGGAAGAGAAAAGCAUGUACAUAUUUGAUGAAUUGGUGCUGGGCAUGGAGGAAGAAAGUGUCCUACUGGAGCUCUUACAGUUGGCUAUGGGAUGCUGUGCCCCUCUACCGUCUGUUAGGCCUGACAUGAAUGAGGUGAUUAGGAAGCUUGAAGACCUCAGACCCACAAGCAUUUCUUCCAUGUACACAUCUGUGGACUGUAGAAGCGACAGUGAGGCAUAG